GGCUCGACUUCCGCUCUGUGCUCGGGCGUGCGCGCGCUCGCCAAUUCGCAUCAUGGCGGCCACGGCUACGAUGGCGACGUCGGGCUCGGCGCGGAAGCGGCUGCUCAAGGAGGAGGACAUGACCAAAGUGGAGUUCGAGACGAGCGAGGAAGUGGACGUGACCCCCACGUUCGACACCAUGGGCCUGCGGGAGGACCUGCUGCGCGGCAUCUACGCCUACGGCUUCGAGAAACCGUCUGCCAUCCAGCAGCGAGCCAUCAAGCAGAUCAUCAAAGGCAGAGACGUCAUCGCGCAGUCUCAGUCUGGCACUGGCAAGACGGCCACCUUCAGUGUCUCGGUGCUUCAGUGCCUGGACAUUCAGGUCCGUGAGACGCAGGCUCUGAUCUUGGCCCCGACGAGAGAGUUGGCCGUGCAGAUCCAGAAGGGCUUGCUCGCUCUGGGCGACUACAUGAAUGUCCAGUGCCAUGCCUGCAUCGGGGGCACCAACGUGGGAGAGGACAUCCGGAAGCUGGACUACGGGCAGCACGUGGUGGCCGGCACACCAGGACGGGUCUUUGAUAUGAUUCGGCGCAGAAGCCUGAGGACACGCGCGAUCAAGAUGCUGGUGUUGGACGAAGCUGACGAAAUGUUGAAUAAAGGCUUCAAAGAACAGAUCUACGACGUGUACCGCUACCUGCCCCCGGCCACGCAGGUGGUGCUCAUCAGCGCCACACUGCCCCACGAGAUCCUGGAAAUGACCAACAAGUUCAUGACCGAUCCCAUCCGCAUCUUGGUGAAGCGUGAUGAGCUGACCCUAGAGGGCAUCAAGCAGUUCUUCGUGGCAGUGGAGAGAGAGGAGUGGAAGUUCGACACUCUGUGUGACCUCUACGACACGCUCACCAUCACGCAGGCCGUCAUCUUCUGCAAUACCAAGCGGAAGGUGGAUUGGCUGACAGAGAAGAUGCGCGAGGCCAACUUCACAGUGUCGUCCAUGCACGGAGACAUGCCGCAGAAGGAGCGCGAGUCCAUCAUGAAGGAGUUCCGCUCGGGCGCCAGUCGCGUGCUCAUCUCUACAGACGUGUGGGCCCGGGGCCUGGACGUCCCCCAGGUGUCCCUCAUCAUCAACUACGACCUGCCCAACAACCGUGAGCUGUACAUCCACAGAAUCGGGAGGUCAGGCCGCUACGGCCGCAAGGGUGUGGCCAUCAACUUCGUGAAGAACGAUGACAUUCGUAUCCUCAGGGACAUUGAGCAGUACUACUCCACCCAGAUUGACGAGAUGCCCAUGAAUGUUGCCGAUCUCAUCUGAGGGGCCGCUUGCCCUGUGGACCCGGAGGCUGGUUGCUGUCUGCCCUUUGGAAGGCCGCAGGGGUUCCAUCGAUAAUAUUUCGGGAGCCCCUGGACAUCCCUCUUCCCCAUGUGUAAAUAAUGUGUUGCGCAGUGUCUUUUUUCAUUAAACGUCGAAAACUUCC